AUGAAGUUCGGCAACAGUCUUUGCACCCUGAAUGUCGGCGGGCGGCGGUUUUCCUUCUCUGCGGAGCUGAUGAAGCGCCUCCCUCUGAGCAGGCUCAGCCGGCUGCACCGCUGUGUGUCGGAGAGUGAACUGCUGGAGCUCUGUGACGACUACGACCGCGACAGAAACGAGUUCUUCUUCGACCGCCACUCGGAGGCCUUCAGCUUCAUCAUGCUGUAUGUGCAGCAUGGGAAGCUGCGCUUCGUUCCACACAUGUGUGAGCUGUCCUUCUACAAUGAGAUGCUGUACUGGGGCCUGGAGAGCUCCGACCUGCAGCCCUGCUGCCAGCGGCGCCUCGACGACCGCAUGUCCGACUGUUUCGUCCACUUCUUCCCUGAGGAGGAGUUCCGAUGUCCUGAGGAGCCGCAGAGCCGCUGGCUGGAGACGAUACGGAGGACAUUCGAGGAGCCCACGUCCUCCCUGGUGGCACAGGUCCUCGCCUCAGUGUCCAUGCUGUUUGUCAUCAUUUCCAUGGUGAUGCUGUGUGCCAGCACCUUACCGGACUGGAAGACCGCUGAGACCCUGGACCAGCACAGGAUCAUUGAGGCGGUGUGUAUUGGUUGGUUCACAGCGGAGUGUAUCGUCCGUUUCCUUGUGUCUCGGGACAAAUGUGAGUUUGUCCGUUGUCCUCUGAACAUCAUCGACCUGCUGGCUAUCACGCCGUACUAUGUCUCUGUUACCAUGACGAUCCUGACGGGGGAGAACUCCCAGCUGCAGCGGGCCGGCGUCACACUGCGCGUCCUGCGCAUCAUGCGAAUCUUCUGGGUGAUCAAACUGGCUCGUCACUUCCUAGGCCUGCAGACGCUUGGACUGACGCUGCGGCGCUGCUAUCGCGAGAUGAUGAUGCUGCUGAUCUUCAUCUGUGUCGCCAUGGCGAUCUUCAGCGCACUGGCCCAGCUGCUGGAGCAUGGCCUGGACCUGGAGACCGGAAACCAGGACUAUGCCAGCAUCCCCGCUGCCUGCUGGUGGGUGAUCAUCUCUAUGACGACAGUGGGAUACGGGGACAUGUACCCAGUGACGGUGGCGGGCCGUGUGCUGGGUGGCCUCUGCGUGGUGAGCGGCAUCGUGUUGCUGGCGCUGCCGAUCACCUUCAUCUACCACAGCUUCAUCCAGUGCUACCACGAGCUCAAGGUGCGCUCCGCCCGCUGCACCCACAGCCUGUCUGCCGAGUUCAUCAACUGA